AUGUCGCCGCAGAGCAAAAGAUCGAGGAAGCAAACAGAAACCAAAAGCAACACACAGGUACGUGUGCUUUCUAUUUCACUAUUCGUCACACAUCUUUGCCUCCUCGUCUUAAUUAACUCUUCAUUCAUUCUACAAUAUCGCCAUCCUUCAUAA